CGUGCGGGCGUUAAAAUAACGACAUACACGCUCCGAAGCCUCGGCACAGAACGUAACAUACUAUUCUGAGAUUUUUGCAGAUCUUCACCUAUUCAACACAGGAAUUCACCAAUGCUGGAUUAUUUUCAUCAUCUUAAAAGUGAAGAUUAGAGAACAAUGAGAACAUGAAUAAUCCAGAACCCUGCAGAAUAAAUCGCAAAGAUACUGAAAAGCAAGGAGACCUGAUGGAAGAGAGUGAGGAGAGUGAAGAACUGAGUGAGGCAGAGGAGAAACAGCAUCAUGUCAAAACUAGUAAGAAAUCUUUGAGUCGCUCACAGACUAAAAGUAAUUUAUUGCAAAGAAGGGCCGAAAAGUCUUUCACCUGCCAUCAGUGUGGGAAGAGUUACACAGUAAAAGGAAGCCUGACAGUACACAUGAGAAUCCACACUGGAGAAAAUCUGCACACAUGUGAUCAAUGCGGGAAGAGUUUUCCGAUAAAAUCAUACCUUAAGAAUCACAUGAGAAUCCACACUGGAGAGAAGCCGUACUCAUGUGAUCAGUGUGGGAAGAGUUUUACGAUGAAAGGAAGCCUUAAGGAUCACAUGAGAAUCCACACUGGAGAGAAGCCGUACUCAUGUGAUCAGUGCGGGAAGAGUUUCCCAUACAUACAGAGUCUUAAUAUUCACAUGAGAGGUCAUAGUGGAGAGAAGUCGUACACAUGUGAUCAAUGUGGGAAGAGUUUCAUAUAUAAAGGAUCUCUUAGUGAACACAUGACAAUCCACACUGGAGUGAAACCACACACAUGUGAUCAAUGUGGGAUGAGUUUCAGACAAAAAGGAUCUCUUAGUGAACACAUGACAAUCCAUACUGGAGUGAAGCCAUUCGCAUGUGAUCAGUGUGGAAAGAGUUUCAGAAAGUCUUGCACUUUUAAAAUACACCUGCGUCGUCAUUCUGGAGAAAGACCAUUCACCUGUGAUCAGUGCGGUAAACAUUUUUUUAGGUCAGAUGCACUGAAGGACCACCUGAAAGUUCAUACAAAGGAGAAGCCUUACAUGUGUUCUUUGUGUGGAAAGAGUUUUAGUCAGUCGGGUACUUUAAAAUUACAUCAGAAAAGACACAACAGUGUGAAGGAUCACAUGUGCUUUGAUUGUGGGAAGACUUUUGUUAGAGAUGCUGAUCUGAAACUGCACCAGAGCACUCACACUGGAGAAAAACCUUACAAGUGUUCACACUGUGACAAGAGAUUCAAAUGGUCAGAUUAUGUGAAAAAACAUGAGAGGAUCCACACUGGAGAAAAACCUUACAAGUGUUCACACUGUGACAAGAGAUUCAAAUGGUCAGAUUAUGUGAAAAAACAUGAGAGGAUCCACACUGGACAAAAACCCUAUCACUGCAUUCCAUGUGGGAAGAGUUUCACUCAUUCAUCUUCUUUACUCAGUCAUACAAAAAAAAACAAAUGUCUGAAAUCAUGAACUCUGAAUAUCUGAAUUCUUCUUUGGAUCCAGCACAUUUAAUCGCGACACCAUGUCCUCACCAAACAUGACCCAAUAAAACCAAUCAAUAAAAUCUUUUCUAUAUAAACAAACACCAACUGAAGCUGUUAGUUAUAAUAGUAAAGGAUUGUUAUGCUCCAUUACCUUCCCCUC